AAAUUGAAUUAACUGAUACAGAUUUUGCCUAUAAAUUGUUGAACCAAACUGAGGGCAUAACUAGAAGUUUUCAGUGUAACAACAGCAGUGGACGAUGCUUCAUAUUCGAACUUUCCACCUUAAAUCGCCACGGGAGCAAUAUUUCGUUAUUUUGCUAUAAUUAAAAGCAAGUGUAGGUGUUAUCGUGUGGUUUACUUAGACACCCAGCAUUAUUCCUUGACUAUUUGUUGCUGUGGUUUAAAGAUUUCCAAACUCAGAAACUUUGCUAUUUUGUUCUUUUACAGAAUAAAGUCAUUCUCAUUGCAGCAGCAAUCAAUCUUAUCGCAACGAACAGCCACCAAGCUAUUUGAUAACUCCAGUACCAAAAUGGAGUGGAACCUGGGGCUGUGUGUGUUUUAGAUCAUAUGAGAGGUGUGAAGACCUGAAGUGGAAGUCUUUUUAGCAACAUUGUUAAGUCCUGAAGUGGAAGUGGUUUCAGGGAAGCACGCAAUAGCUUCAUGACGGAAGGGGUUGUGAAAAGGAAUUUAGUUUCACUUCUUCUGUGGAGGAUUUAGUAAGAUCAGUCUAUCUACAAAAAAGGGAGGAAUGGAACUGUUCAGCUGUCCUGUACCUGGAUCGAUUAAUGAUGAAAGUCUAGAGUCCUGGCAACUAAUUGGCUCUGGUGGAUUUGGACACGUCUAUAGGGCAAAACAUACAAAAUGGGGGAUGGAUGUUGCAAUAAAGUUAUUACGUUGUAAUGUUGGCUCUGAUUCCUCUCUUCUCCAAGAGGCGGAACUGAUGUGUCAUGGCGGGAAUCCCAAUGUGCUCAGAAUCUUGGGGGUGUAUGUAGGUUGCCCUCAUGGACAGCCAUGCCCCACCCAGUUAGGUUUAGUCAUGGAGUACAUGGAGAGAGGGUCUGUGGCAGACCUCCAGCAAGCUGUGGGCGGACCCCCUCCCUGGCCCCUCGCCUUCCGCAUCAUGCACCAGAUCGCCCUGGGCAUGAACUUCCUUCACCAGCUGUCCCCGCCCCUGCUCCAUUUGGACCUGAAGCCCAGCAACGUGCUGCUGGACGACAGCCUCAACGCAAAACUCACUGAUUUUGGUCUGGCCAAACUGGCCCAAAGCCGUUCCAAUGUGGACAGAGAGCAAGACGAGGAAGUAGGUGGAACCACAAGCUACAUGCCUCCAGAAGCAUUUCAGCCCUCUUCUUACACUCCCGCCUUUUCUUCGGAUGUUUACAGCUAUGGUGUACUGUUGUGGUCAGUUAUGUCUGGAAAGCCACCAUACUAUAAUCGCCUCUCUAGCCUGGUGCGGUUUCGUGUCACUGAAGGUGACAGGCCUGAUCUGGGAUCUGUGGACAGCAGCCAGGCACAUGGGCUCAGUAACCUCAUUGAUCUAAUGAAGCUCUGCUGGCAUGCCGACCCCACCCAGAGGCCCACCUUCAUGAAAUGUGUUAAUGUCACUGAGAAGGUGUAUGAUUUUCACAAACGAAAAGUACAUAACGCUGUCUGUGCCAUUCUAGAAAAGCUGGACAAUAGUAACCAAAAUAGUUCCAGUUUUAAAUCACUUGGGAUCACCUAUAAAACAAACAAAGCAUAUAUUAAAGAAAAAUCUCAUCAUUCUGUGAAGACAACUCCCACACAGGAGAAAGAUGGCAUUGUAAUCUCCCAGUCCAUGGAAACAGUACUAUCAAACCCCACGGGAGUGAGGUUUGUGGAAAUGUACGAAGCACAGCUCAUUCAGAGGGUCUCACUGGUGGACCCUAUCGCAGAUGAUCUGAAACCAUUGAUCGGGGAUGAGAAGUACGCAAACAUUAUAAGGUCUGGAACAUCUCAAGGCAAGAUGAGGGUACUCUACUCUUUCCUGUCUGGAGGAGCAGCAAUAAAGGAGAAGUUCUACCAGAGUCUAGUGAAAAAUGAGCCGUACCUGGUAAAAGACUUGGCUAGGACAUCCUCAGUGUCAUAAAUCCACAGACUGGAAAUGCAGGAACCUUCUAUCAGCCUGUUAGACUGCUUGAUCCGUGAUUCUAAAUUCUAUCAGACUAAGUGACCAGGACAACCUAAAUAUUCCAUGCACACCCCAUGGACAAAAGGCACUUCCACAUGAACUUAUUUGCAAGAGCUAUCAAUAUGUAUAAAAAAUCUAUUUGUCUUUCAUAGGUCCAUUGUAUCAUAUGGUGAGGAGAAAUAUUGACAUAUAUUUCUUUUCCAAAAUGUACAAGUUCUACAAAGUAAUAACAGUUUAUCAUGGUGUUCACUAUGAUCUCAAAUGGUGUAACAAGGAAAUUACUUAAAGUGGCUGUUUAAUUGUUUAUGAUAUUUAUGUAUGAUACGUCUACUUAGUAAACUUCAUUCAAAGACAAUGAGGUAUGAAAUUGUUGAAGAAAUGUAUGAUUAUUUUAUUUUGUUUUAAUUUUGUCUGUGGUGAUCCUCCUUAGAAUGCCUUAAAGGAAUUUCCCCUGUCAUUAAAAAAGGAUAUGAAUGUGCCCUGAACAGGUGCAUCCCCUCCCUUUUUGUGUACCUGAUAUAAAAAUGGAAGUCUGAACUAAGGAAUGGAAUUUUUUCGGAGAAACCAAGCCAAUAGACUAAGCAAAUUAAAACACACAACAUUUUCUUGUUUAAUGUCUUUUCUUUUAGAGUGUGAUCAAUGUAAUCUGAACAGAGCUGACUGUGGGCAGUGGUAGCCCAGUGGUUAAGGUAGUUGACUUGUAAUCGGAAGCUUGCUCGUUCAAGCUCUGCCAC